UCAAUCCUGUCUUUCUCUCACCCAUCUCCCCAAUCACUCGUUUUCAUCAGUUUCUCUCUACCUCCUUCUCUUUCUCUUUUUUAAUUCUGUUGUGCUCUCUAUCUCCCUACCCCUCCCCAAUUCCCUCACUCACUGCAGCUCUCUCUCCCUUCCCUCCCACCCUCUCUCCAUCUAUUGCUUCAGUCACUUGCUCACUUUCUCCCAAAUAUUCAUCACUCUCUCUUCAUUUCCUGUCUCUCUCUUUCUUGUCAAUUCAGUUUCUUAAACCUCUUUCCAUUCUCUCAUUCCCUGCAUCUCAUUCUCUACAAUUUCUCAACUUUGCUACAUCCUCUCUUUCUGUCUGUCUCUCUCUCUCACUCUCUCACUGCCUCUCGUUUGCAUCCUCAGAUCUGCUCUCACACCAUUCCUCCCCACCCCCUUUCAAGCAGAGAGUCCCAGACCACAACAGCUUCCCCCAGGAAAUGUCAGCUCCAGCCCCGGUGGGUUAUGUUGGGGAGGAGGAGGACUGGGGAGAAGAGGGAAGAUUGGAGGUGGGAUGGGGGUCUGGAUCUGGAUGUGUUUCUGCUCUCCCCACAGAUGCUGAGUUGUAUCGAGUACAUGUUCCACAGUCUGGGCCUGGUCAACCAGUUUAACAUCAAUGCCAUCACUCUGAAGCGAUGGCUGCUGAGCGUCCAGGAGAACUACAGGGAGAAUCCGUUCCACAACUUCCGCCACUCCUUCUGCGUCACCCAGAUGAUGCAUGGCAUGAUCCAACUGUGUGAGCUGCAGGCCCGGCUGAAACCCAUCGAGAUCUUGAUCCUGAUGACCUCCGCUGUCUGCCACGACCUGGAUCACCCCGGGCUCAACAACACAUACCAGGUCAAUGCUCAGACCGAUCUCGCACGUCGCUACGGAAACCGCUCCCCCCUGGAACAGCACCACUGCACCGUGGCCUUCCAGAUACUCUCAGAGCCCAACUGUGACAUCUUCGCUGGCACAGAGUCGGGAGUCUCGGAGGAGAUCCGGAAGCUAUAGGAAGGAUAUCAUGAAGCUGGAGAAGAUGGAGGAAAGUUCUGCUCGUCCCAACAUCUUCCCAACAACACGGUGACCAACACUGUACCCAACACUCUAAAGGUGGCCUCACCAAACUCAGAAUCAGGGUUAUUGUCACUGAAAUGUCAUGAAAUUUACUUUCUGUACACACAACACAGAAAAUGACUAUAAAUAACAAAUAAAGACUGCAAAUGAGGUCGUGUUUAUAGACUGAUGGCAGAGGGGAUGAAGAUGUUUCUGAAUUGAAAAGUAUGGGACUUCAGGUCCCUGUACUUGCUCUCUGAUAGCAGAAAUGGGAAGAUGGCAUGUCCUGGCUGGCGAGGGUCCUCAAUGAUGGAUGUGUCUUCUUGAGGCAUUGCAUUAUGAAUGUGUCCCUGAUGGU